AUGACUAGGAAGGAUGACUUGUCGCCAUCCGCGGUGGAAGCCAUAGCUGGAUUCACGGCAGGCAUAGCAACAACCCUCUGUCUGCACCCGCUAGAUUUGAUCAAGACGCGAUUGCAAGUCGACCGGACCCCAUCUUCUCGAGUGGGUGGCUCACUACGAGUCAUUCGCGAAAUUUUUCAUAAUGAAGGCGGACUCGCCGCAUUCUACCGCGGGUUGAUGCCCAAUAUCAUCGGGAAUUCCUCCAGUUGGGCGCUCUACUUCCUAUUUUAUGGGAAUAUCAAGGAUACAAUAAGGGGUUGGCGAUUGCGCAGGAGGCAGCAUGGCGGGCAGCAGCAACAGCAGCGAGAGCUGCUCACUUCAUCCGAUUAUUUCAUCGCCUCGGGUUCUGCAGGGAUUUUAACCUCCGUCCUGACCAACCCCAUUUGGGUUAUCAAAACCCGCAUGCUAGCCACAGGCUCCAAUUCACCUGGUGCAUAUACCUCCUUCACGACAGGCGCAAUACAGAUACUCCGCUCUGAAGGAAUUCCAGGCUUCUAUCGCGGGCUUAUUCCAUCGCUUUUCGGCGUUAGCCAUGGCGCGUUGCAGUUCAUGGCUUAUGAGAAGCUAAAACUGUAUCGCACAGGCGUCCACCCUGCGACUGAGAGUAGACGGCAACUCAACAAUCUGGAUUUCUUCUCUAUCUCCAGUGUUUCGAAAAUAUUUGCAGGGUCAAUUACGUACCCAUACCAGGUGCUUCGGUCGCGACUACAGAUGUAUAAUGCCCACCUUGCGUAUCGAGGUCUCCGGGAUGCCAUCGUACAGAUAUGGGCCGCGGAGGGUUUUGCCGGGUUUUAUAAGGGCCUUGGACCAAACUUGUUUCGUGUGUUGCCGAGCACCUGGGUUACUUUUUUGGUAUACGAGAAUACUAGGGCAUAUUUGCAGAAAGCAAUAUAG